GGCUCCCCCUCCCGCUCCCUUCGCAUUGUCGCUCUGCAGCGCGCUGUUUCUGUCAUCUGUUCGACUGCUCCCUACAGCAACGCUUUCUUUUCAUUCGUCCUCAGGCUUUGUCUCCCAGUCCCGCACGGCUAGGCUUCACAUUUCAGCUGAUAAAACUGGCAGGACGCAACAAGACCCUUUUCUAUUGCUCUCCUGCUCUGGGCAUUGAACGCUUUUCGGCUUAUGGAUAAGAAUAAGGGGGGAAAUGGGGGGAGGCAGAGGAAAAAGUGGACUCACUCGAGCGACCGAAAGCGCGGCCCGUCUGCUUCUCAGACCCGCCACUCGACACAGACACACGCCCUGUCCCCAUCCCCCCUGCUUGCCUCCUCCCCCAGCGCCAGCACAACGGAGACCGUGCUGAGGGGACACGCACACAGCGCUCGACAGCGGAGAAAGCCGGGCGGACGAACGAACAGAAGCGACCGCUCCGUUCCGCCUUACCCCGAUCGAUAUACUUCGGGAGGGGAGGCAGGAGGGGAGCCAAGAGUCCAGUUCCUUCGUUGUCAGCCACUACCCUCUCCCCAACUCCAAUCACACGCUUUCUCUUUCCUCCACUUCGCGAGAUCCAGAUCUGAAACACGCCCCGCAACUGGCUUGAUCCCCUUCCGAGUCCCGACGCUGUCCCCCUUUGCCACCGUUACUCCUGCAGCUGAACCGAGAGGAAGCGAGGGAGCCUCGCGGGCGAGCCGAGGCAGCACGCCCACGUUCAGGUUUCCUCACGCCGCGCCAGCGCCUCGCACUGAAGGCGUUAGAAGCAAACGGCGGACGGAGGUUGCAGGGACAAACCGACCCGCACGCGAGACAAAGCGCGGAAGAGCGAGUGUGCAGGACGCAGAAGCAGGCGCCGCUGAGGACACGCAGAGACGCGGUGCCUUCGGCGCUUUGCACAGACGGGCGUUCGGGCAGGAAAAGGACGCAGGGGCCAGAGUGUUUUCCGAGAAUGGCCAGUAGCAAAGCCCUACCCGGGGCAAGACAGCCCAAGCUUUCACAGGUCAGCAAGAAUGAAGAUGAUCCUAUGACCAACUUUAACAUUCUUUGAAGGGACUGAAGAGUAGAAAGAGAGUGAUGUGGAAGUACUAUAAAAACAUACUUCAUUUGGCACUACAUAAAACUGUAAUCACCCAAGAGAAGCCCAAAAAUGGUCUGGAAAAUGAAAUCUUGAGGAGAGUAACAUUAAGAGAAUGAUUUGUAGAAUAUAGAUGUUUGUCCUAAUCCUGUGGAAGCAGUGAUAAAAUGUACCUUGUGACAUGGCAACUAAAAUAGUGUCCUUUUAUACUUGCAGGGCAACAUCACAUGCAAAUACUAUGGGUGAAAUUUGUGUUGUGAUGUAUGUUUGUCACUUGUGCCUCCUUACCCACUCCCAACAAUUGUGGAGGCCUAUGUUGGGAAGGCCAUGGUAUGGAAUUUGAAUGGGUCUGAUAUCAUGGCACUGAAAUUAACUGCCAUGUAAAUUGGCCCUGGCAGCAUUUUUGCUAUUCCUAAAAGCAUUGUUGUCAAACACUGGCAUAAGCAGCCAAGCACAGUUGUUGUUUUUAAUUUGAAUGAUUUAUGAUUCUAAUACAAAUUAUAAUUUUCUGUUUUACGCAGUUCAAUGACUAUUGUACUGGAGAUGUUUUAUACACUAAAUUUUAUAUUAUAAUAUUUUGUAGAAGUAUGCAAACUACUUCAGUGGAUGUAUGUAAGCCGCCCAGAAUCUGCUGGAAUGGGCAGCUAUAAUAAAUGUAAUGAAAUAAAUAAUAAUAAAUAAUAAUAGUG